CGCAUGCCCAGAUUAAUUGCCGGUGGCCCAAAACCUCCGGGAUGAGGCCAGUUGACUGUCCUAUUUCUUGGUGUAAAUCAUCGCAUAAGUUGUUUUGUGAAACUGACACUGUUAUUAUUAGUAAAAAAAAACAAAAAAACUGUCCGUUUAAAAUGUAACAAUAUUUUCGAGAGUCUGGCGUGUUUUGCUGUCGUUCGUGUUGACCGAUGUCAGCUAGCCACCUGCUAACUGGCUGGCUCGUAAGCAUGUCGCCUUUGCAGAACACCAGAUAAUAUUUUAGCUCCUUGGAAAAAAUAGUUAUUUCUCCUUGCCAUGACCGAGUUGCGACGUCGAACGUCGGAUACUUUCGAGGUUGCCAAAGAAGAGGAGGAAGAACCUCGACGUGUCGUCGAAGAUGAUGAGGCUGAAGGGAAACAGCCCAAAGGCGAGCAGGAAAAACACAGUGAGGAGAAAAUCGACGAUUCAAACAAACAGGAGUCAACAGUCAAAGCAGCCAAACGCCCUGCGUUGAGCGCUGUUCAACGUGUACUGAGGCUCCUGUUCGGAAGCUUGGCGGCGGUGGCGUGCGGCACGCUGUACGCCGCCUACCUCUCUGCAUUUCACGAAAGGAAGUUCUGGUUCUCCAUGAGGCAGGAAGUGGAGCGGGAGCUGACGUUCCAAGGUGGCAGCGCAAUCUACUACUACUACUACAAACGUAUGGUGGCGGCGACGUCUUUCGAUAGAGCAUUCCACGAGCUGACGAAAGACGACGGGACUCUGGCGGGACAAACCAUCAACGCUGUGGAGCGCCUGUCUCUGUAUCCCGAAGUCAUCACCAGCUACAUUUACAGAGUCUCUGGCAGCCAGGACAUCGUGGAACCCAUCUACUUCUACGUGGGCACGGUGUUGGCACUCCAGGCAGUAUACGCCACCGCGCUGUUCGCCUGCAGCUGGCUGAUGAGCGGCACCUGGUUGGCCGGCAUGCUGACGGUGGCCUGGUACGUCAUCAGCAGACCUGACGCCACCAAAGUGGAGCAGGCGGUUCCUCUACGAGAGAAUUGGGCCCUGCCUUGCUACGCCUGCCAGGUGGCGGCGCUCACCGGCUUUCUGUGUAACUACAUUGGCUUGGCAGCUGAGCACUUGUGCUACCUGACUGUGAGUGCCACCACUUUCACCUUACUGCUGGUGUGGGAGCACAGCCACUACGUGCUCUUUGUGCAAGCCUUCUGCCUUUUCCUACUGGACUCCUUGGACCUGGUGCCGCCUCGUAAGCUGUCCGACAUCCACAAGUUGUACGUCAGCUCCUUGCUGCUGGCCUUCUUCCUCCAUUUUAACAACGCAGCGCUGCUGACCUCGCCGCUGCUCAGCCUCCUGAUUGGCUGCGGGCUGGCGAGGUACCUCCAGCAAAAGAUGAAGAAGGGCCCUCUGGUGGCCAGAAUGAUGAAACUUUUCCUUCAUUUCCACCUGGUCUUCACCACCGCCAUCACCUUCAACUAUUUAAUCAAAAAAGUCGUGCCUGUAGGUGAAGGUGAAUUUGUCUUGAAAUUCCUGGAGGUGAAGUUUGGGCUCAAUACGACAAACGACUUUGUGACCAACUUUCUGGUGUGCCAAGAAAGUCUCCAGUCUCCCGGUCAAGAUUUGUUCCUGCGCCUCACUCAGACGUCAGUUCUGCCUUUCUACCUGUUGGCGCUCGCCGUCUGCGGGGUGUCGACGCUCCAGGCCGUCUACGCCAGAUUCAGCGGACAACCGACACGGAACGUCGAGCGACAGCCGCAAGACGGAUACGUGGGCGAGCGUCCCGAGGUGGCCUACCACGUCUUUCACACGCUCACCUUCGGCGCCCUGACACUGCUAUUUGACGGGAUGAAGUACUUCUGGACACCGUACAUGUGCGUGUUUGCGGCGUUUGGCGUGUGCUCGCCGGAUCUGUGGAUGACCGUCUUCAGGUGGCUCAGGCUCAAGUCAGUCCACCCUCUUGUACUGGUGAGAGGCCUUCAGGCUAUCACAAAAAUGAUUAGGUCAUUAAUCCUGAGCAUCGCCGUUCCGACAAUCAUCUGCUUCAGUCUGUGGCGAGAGUACUGCCCCCGCGUGCUGGCCGACCUGUCGGAGCUUCAGGAGUUCUACGACCCUGACGCAGCCGAGUUGAUUGGCUGGAUCCAAACUCACCUUCCAGCGGCGGCCGUGUUCGCGGGCAGCCCUCAGCUCCUGGGCGCCAUCAAGUCGGACUCCGGCGCCGCCGUCACCAGCUUGCCGCUGUACUCGGAUGUGGACAUGCUGAGGAGGAGUGAAGACAACUACCAGGUAUACUCCAUGCGCUCCGCUGAGGAGGUCUACAAGAUUCUGACCUCCCGCAAGGCAAACUACGUGAUCGUGGAAGAGUCCCUGUGCAACGAUUUCACUCUGGACCAGGGCUGCCGCAUCAAGGACCUGCUGGACGCCGCCAACGGACACGUGGUUCAGGACAACGGUGAGACGUAUGCCUUCUCCAGACACCGCCGCUUCUGCCAGGAGAUCAAGAGCAACCGCUCGCCGUAUACCAACUACUUCACCCGCGUCUUCUGGAACCGCUCCUAUCACGUCUACAGAGUCAACGCAGUUAUAUCCUUCCAGUAUUAACGGAAAACGACACAACUUGAGCGUCUUAACGAUAUUCCUGAGAUCCGUGUACUAGUAUGCACUUUGGCGUCACUCGAGCAGCACGGCUGCAUCUUAUGUUCAAAUGGUUCUCCAGUAAAGUUAAUCUUUACGUAUUGAAACAUGCCAUAAUGCAGUUUCUCCUUAAAAAAUACUCUUUGACUGGCCAUACUGUUAGAUAUAAUUAUGUAUAUGCUCCUGAAACAAAAACAAAUGUAUGAAUAAUGGCCAGUCAGGGAGAGUACAUUUUUUUGGAAGGGUGUGCGGGACACUGUAGUCUUGUACUGUAAUUUAUAAAAUGUGCAUUUACUGUUUUGUCUGCUGAAUCUCAAUGGGAUGCCAAUAUUGUCUCCACAUCAGUCGUAGAUAAGGACGGUUGCCAAGUCACGUAAUCAAAUACACUUGUUUUCACGUAAUUUGAACAUGAUGAUUUUUGCUGCAUUUUUUGCUAAAGGGCCAAUUUUAUAUAUUGUUGCAUUAGCAGUGCCUCAAUAAAGUGAAAUGUGUGUUUUGGGGACUGGUAAUGAUAUUUUGCCUUUAUGCGUCUAUCGGUUUUGAUGCCUUAUAUGCUGAGUUGUCUGUCCCACCUCGACGUUAGCUUUCAUUGAACUAUUAUUUACAUUUAUGUCCUUUCAAGCUUUUGUCCAAAUAAACUUUUGUAUGACCUAGUGUGA